ACUGUCGCCAAAAUUUCCAUUUUCUGUUUUCUGCUCUCUGGUCGAGAUGGCUCGUACUAAGCAGACUGCUCGUAAGUCUACCGGUGGCAAGGCGCCCCGUAAGCAGCUCGCUACGAAGGCUGCUCGAAAGAGCGCGCCGGCUACUGGCGGCGUGAAGAAGCCUCACCGCUACCGGCCCGGCACCGUGGCCCUGCGGGAGAUCCGGCGCUACCAGAAGUCGACCGAGCUGCUGAUCCGCAAGCUGCCCUUCCAGCGGCUGGUGCGCGAGAUCGCGCAGGACUUCAAGACCGACCUGCGCUUCCAGAGCUCGGCCGUGAUGGCCUUGCAGGAGGCCAGCGAAGCCUAUCUGGUCGGGUUGUUUGAGGACACGAACCUGUGCGCCAUCCACGCCAAACGGGUGAAUAAGUAUGCUGAGAUAGGAGCACACUUGUGACCAAGCAGUCUAUCAAAGCUCUCUGGUUCCACAGGGCCUCUGGCAGCAGCAUCUGAGUCUAGUGAAGAGCUCAGAUGAUCAAGGAAAGGAUUCAUUCAUCAGCUAUGGUACAACCAAAAGUGAACUUGGUGGCCACUCCAAGAAGGGAGAAAAGGAUUCUCAAUCAGGAAACAUCUAUCAACCACAUAUCUUCCCUAUAUAUGUGUUUUGUUCUUCAGGUUUGAACCCAUUCUGCUCAGGGACAGAAUAUUUAUAGAGGGGAGAAUGUUCUCCUAGCUUAAGGGAUUUGUUUUAUAAUUAUUUCCUUGCUAUGCCUCAGUGGAUUUCCCUUUAUAAGAGUGAAUUGAUGACAACUAGUUGACUGGUAUUGGGGAGAUGAUAACUGAUUCCUUGAUAUUGGGAAACAUACCCUUGUGAGCAUUAGAUUCCUGUACUCCUUAGGAUUAGCUCUAGAAAUCUCGGGGAGAAACCCUCUGGGGACUCAACCUGCUAAUGUGAAUGGAGGUUGGGAGAGUGAUCACAGAGGAGGUACUAUAUAUAGAUUUUGUACCCUUCUCCAAUUGCAUGUCUUCUUGUCCCAGAGUGAACUCCUAAAGGACAGCUUUACUAUGCUCUCUCUGUCCUAGAGGAUUGAAGCAGUAAAUCUCAUGUCUGACAUGUUCUCCUUCCCUCUGUGGGAAUUUCUGGGAUUCACAGGUUUCCAGGGAGAUAGAAAGUCAAUACAGCAACAUUGGCUCUGAGAGUUACCUUACAGGGCUGAGAAGUAAAGUAAAUUUUUUAUGUCCUACAGUUGAUUAAAUAUGUGCUAAGUUUUGAACUUAGGUCUCCUAACUCAAGGUGCAGCACUCUUUUGACUAAGGCAACUUUCCUUUUCUUUAGUACUGUACUUAAUUGUCUGUAUUACUUCCUUAACCGUGUUUGCUAUUUAUCUUUUUGUAUCCUGUGUUCUGAACUAGAUUUUUGUGCUAUUUGAAGUUAGCUUUUUUAUGCCUCAUUGAAUUCCCCAGGCUGAGCACAGAGAAGGUAUUCAGUUUGUUAUUAUUUCCCUUCAAUGUUAUUAUAUGCAUUACUGUCUGCUUUGGAAAUGAGCAAAAUCUUCAU